UUUUUCCCCAGCUCUAAACAGUAGAGAUUCAGGGUUAGUCCCAGAGUUUUGCUUGGCAUCGCUGGGAGAGGAGGUGCAUUGAAAGAAGAGAGAGAGAGAGAGAGGGAGAAAGGUGUAGUCAGUGUGUCCCUGUCUUCCUCCAGCUAGCAGAGAGAGGACCCCUUCAUCUGAAACAUAUUCAACUCUGGAGAGAAACCAUCCCACGGACUGACAGGCUUCUGGUUGCCCUUACCUCACAGGAGCACACUGAGUAGCUGGUAUUUACUGACAGUAGAGAGAGAGAGAGAGCACCCCCCUGAGUAGCUGGUAUUUACUGACAGUAGAGAGAGAGAGAGAGCACCCUCUUGAGUAGCUGGUAUUUACUGACAGUAGAGAGAGAGAGCACCCUCCUGAGUAGCUGGUAUUUACUGACAGUAGAGAGAGAGAGCACCCUCUUGAGUAGCUGGUAUUUACUGACAGUAGAGAGAGAGAGCACCCUCUUGAGUAGCUGGUAUUUACUGACAGUAGAGAGAGAGAGCACCCUCUUGAGUAGCUGGUAUUUACUGACAGUAGAGAGAGAGAGCACCCUCUUGAGUAGCUGGUAUUUACUGACAGUAGAGCAUUCUACAACCUCCUGUAGGGAGGAGACGUUUCUCCCAUCUUCGCCAGAAGUCUUUUGAAGGAGUCAGAGUGGUGACUGAUAGGAGAGGGAAGACGUCAGACCAGAGCUUUAACGACAUAAAACAGACCGUACAGUAACAUCCAGUACCAUCCUCGAAGAGGCCCGGCUGACGAAGAGGUCUCAGAGGAGAAGAGUUCACAUUAAAACACAGGAAACACCUGAAAACGCUCCCAGGUUCACCUUCAAGAAACACAGACACAGGUAGUUUACAGAACUCCCUCACAUUCCUCAAAGGUAGAUCAUUUCCUCUUGAAGGACAACAAUCAACCAAUCAGCCAAUCAUUCAGCCAGUCAGCCAAUCAGGAUGUCUCGUUGGGGCCGUAAGGAUGUGAAGAAGACUCCUGAGGUGAUCAGGACGGUAACAGAGGGGCUGAAGUCUCUGUACCGUCAGAAGCUCCUCCCCCUGGAGCAGUACUACGGUUUCCAUGACUUCCACUCCCCCUCUCUGGAGGACGCAGACUUUGACAACAAACCCAUGGUGCUGGUGGUGGGGCAGUACUCCACUGGCAAGACUACAUUCAUCAAGUAUCUGUUGGAGCAGGAUAUCCCAGGAAGCAGGAUAGGCCCAGAGCCCACCACCGACAGUUUCACAGCCAUCAUGCACGGUGAGGUAGAAGGGGUGAUCCCGGGCAACGCUCUCAUCGUUGACCCCAACAAACCUUUUCGCAAGCUCAACCCCUUCGGAAACACCUUCCUCAACAGGUUCCAGUGUGCCCAGCUGCCCAAUCAGGUCCUGGAGAGCAUCAGCAUCAUCGACACACCGGGGAUCCUGUCAGGAGCGAAGCAGAGGGUGAGCCGAGGCUAUGACUUCCCAGCGGUGCUACGUUGGUUUGCGGAGCGCGUUGACCGUAUCAUCCUCCUGUUCGACGCCCACAAGUUGGAGAUCAGUGAUGAGUUCUCCGAGGCCAUCGGAGCGCUGCGUGGUAACGAGGACAAACUGCGCGUCGUCCUGAACAAGGCUGACAUGGUGGGAACACAACAGCUGAUGAGGAUCUACGGAGCUCUAAUGUGGUCUCUGGGCAAGGUGUUCAACACUCCAGAGGUCUUGAGGGUGUAUAUCGGGUCGUUCUGGUCCGAGCCGCUGCUGGUCCCUGAUAACCGUCGUCUGUUUGAGCUGGAAGAGGAAGAUCUGUUUAGUGACAUCCAGAACCUUCCUCAUAACGCAGCCCUCAGGAAACUCAACGACCUGGUGAAGAGGGCACGACUGGUCAGGGUGCAUGCCCACAUCAUCAGCUAUCUAAAGAAGGAAAUGCCAACCUUCAGGAAGGACAAAAUGAAGAAGAACCUGAUCUACCAGCUUCCUGUCAUCUUCUCCAAGAUCCAGCUGCAGCACCAUAUCUCUGCUGGGGACUUCCCUGACUGCGCCAAGAUGCAGGAGCAACUGUUGAUCCAUGACUUCACUAAGUUCAAGCCCCUGAAGCCGUCCCUGAUGGCCGCUCUGGACGAGCUGCUGGCGUCCGACAUCGCCAAGCUCAUGCCCCUGCUACGCCAGGAGGAGAUUGACGCGGGGGUGCAACCAGGGGUGCAGGGGGGGGCCUUCCUGGGAACCCGCGCCGGGCCCUUCGUGGAGAACGACCCAUUCGGAGAGGUGGAAAAUGGGGGGGAGGAAGGCGAGGAAGAGGGCGAGAUGGCCUGGGUCGUGACCAAGGACAAGCCCAAAUACGACGAGAUCUUCUACAACCUGGCGCCCAACGAGGGCAAGCUGAGUGGCACCAAGGCCAAGGACUGGAUGGUGAGCACCCGGCUGCCAAACUCCGUCCUGGGGAGGAUCUGGAAGCUGUCGGAUGUGGACCGAGAUGGCAUGCUGGAUGACGAGGAGUUUGCCCUGGCCAGCCACCUGAUCGAGGUGAAGUUAGAGGGGCAUGGUCUGCCCCCCGAACUGCCCGCCCGUCUGGUGCCCCCUUCCAAGCGCAGAAUGAAAGGAUCAGAUAUAUAGAGACUAUUACAUCAACCCACCCUGUGGAGCUGACAGUACAGCCCUCUGACGGCUGACACACACGCUACUGCCCCCCCACGUUGUCCUCUUGUCUCCUUGUCUUUAUGUCUGUCAGCCCCUGGGUGCAUCUCGAUAGUCUAAGUUAAGCCCCUGGGUGCAUCUCGAUAGUCUAAGUUAAGCCCCUGGGUGCAUCUCGAUAGUCUAAGUUAAGCCCCUGGGUGCAUCUCGAUAGUCUAAGUUAAGCCCCUGGGUGCAUCUCGAUAGUCUAAGUUAAGCCCCUGGGUGCAUCUCGAUAGUCUAAGUUAAGCCCCUGGGUGCAUCUCGAUAGUCUAAGUUAAGCCCCUGGGUGCAUCUCGAUAGUCUAAGUUAAGCCCCUGGGUGCAUCUCGAUAGUCUAAGUUAAGCCCCUGGGUGCAUCUCGAUAGUCUAAGUUAAGCCCCUGGGUGCAUCUCGAUAGUCUUAAGUUAAGCCCCUGGGUGCAUCUCGAUAGUCUUAAGUUAAGCCCCUGGGUGCAUCUCGAUAGUCUAAGGUAGCUUCCUCUGGUCUUUUCAUCUCUGGUCUUCGAGAGAGGGACAGGAAGAAAAGGCUUGACAGAGGCGCGGAGAUGAGACUCGAACCUCCCUCCCGUUGUCAUUUGUGGUCUGGAGUCCAGUGUGUCUCCAGUCUGGUUCCUUUCCCAUAGUGCAGAUGAAUGAAAGGAAAGGAGGAAGGGGAGAUACUUUACGCUAUUGAAAUGCACCCCAAUUUAGUCUUACUGGAUCAUGUGUUUUAGCUGAGCUGAGGUCAAAUAAAAGCUAGUGGCCCACACUGCUCUACUCUAUUAUACUAUCUUAUACUCUACUGCUCUACUAUAUUAUACUCUACUUCUCUACUCUAUUAUACUAUAUUAUACUCUACUUCUCUACUCUAUUAUACUAUAUUGUAAUCUACUAUACUCUACUGUACUCUACUCUAUUAUAUGCUACUGCACUAUGCCAAUCUACUCUACUACAUUCUACUCUACUCUCCUUCACUCCACUCCACUCUACUCUACUCCACUCUACUCUCCUACACUCUACUCUACUACACUCCACUCUCCUUCACUCCACUCUCCUUCACUCCACUCUACUCCACUACACUCUCCUUCACUCUACUCCACUACACUCUCCUACACUCCUCUACUACACUCCACUCUCAUUCACUCCACUCUACUCCACUACACUCUCCUACACUCCACUCCACUCUACUCCACUACACUCUCCUACACUCUACUCUACUCCACUCUACUCUACUACACCCUACUCUGCUCCACUCGAAUCUACUACAUUCUACUCUACUACACUCUACUAUCCUACUACACUCUACUACACUAUACCCCACUCUACUACACUUUACUCUACACUACACUCUACUACAUUCUACUCUACUACACUCCACUCUACUACAUUCUACUCUACUACAUUCUAGUCUACUACACUCCACUCUACUAAAUUCUACUCUACUACAUUCUACUCUACUACACUCCACUCUACUACAUUCUACUCUACUAAAUUCUACUCUACUACAUUCUAUUAUACUCCACUCCACUCUACUACACUCCACUCUACUACACUCCACUACACUCCACUCUACUACAUUCUACUCUACUACACUCCACUCUACUACAUUCUAGUCUACUACACUCCACUCUACUACAUUCUACUCUACUACAUUCUACUCUACUCUACUAAAUUCUACUCUACUACAUUCUACUCUACUACACUCCACUACAUUCUACUCUACUACAUUCUACUCUACACUCUACACUCUACUAUCCUACUACACUCUACUACACUAUACCCCACUCUACUACACUUUACUCUACACUCCACUCUACUACAUUCUACUCUACUCUACUCUACUAAAUUCUACUCUACUACAUUCUACUCUACUACACUCCACUACAUUCUACUCUACUACACUCCACUACAUUCUACUCUACUCUACUAAAUUCUACUCUACUACAUUCUACUCUACUACACUCCACUACAUUCUACUCUACUACACUCCACUACAUUCUACUCUACUACACUCCACUACAUUCUACUCUACUCUACUAAAUUCUACUCUACUACAUUCUACUCUACUACACUCCACUCUGAACACUACUUUCUCCAAACUAGCAGAACUCCUUAACCACACAUUCUCUUUCUAGAAGUCUUGCAUGUGUAUAUGUUAUAUUCUCACACAGAUGUUGUUAUGUCAGAAACGACAUUACAUUAUUAUAAAUCCUCACUAUCUCACAUCUACUGUUUAACUCAACAUUCUUUGGAUGACUGGGUCCACAGUGGCAUCACUGACUGACAAGUCCACUGUUAAGUACACACUGAUACGAUUACCGGCAUACAUGUAUCUGACUUACUCCGUACUAUAUUUGACUUGCUUUUACAUGGAGCUAUUUAGCAGGGAGUGUUUAAACAAAUAUAAACAGACUACUCAUAUACACACUAAUAUGAGUACACUAAUCUACACAUGUAUUUGAUAGACAGCUGGUGCUAUUAGCAACAGUAUGAAGCUUGUUUAGUCAUCUCUAUGUCUGUCUGUAGGGUACUGGUCUAACCAGGGACAUUACAGCAUUUCUAUAGUAUAGUUUUACAGUAACGUGCCAUCGCUUUACAGUAACGUGCCAUCGUUUUACAGUAACGUGCCAUAGUUUUACAGUAAAAUGCCAUAGUUUUACUGUAACGUGCCAUAGUUUUACUGUAACGUGCCAUAGUUUUACAGUAAUGUGCCAUAGUUUUACAGUAAUGUGCCAUAGUUUUACAGUAACGUGCCAUAGUUUUACAGUAACGUGCCAUUGUUUUACAGUAACUUGCCAUUGUUUUACAGUAACUUGCCAUUUUUCCUCGCAUACUUUUUUCUUUCUCUCAUGGCAAAAAAGAAUAAAUGUAUUUUUUGAUUCAUUAUAUAUAUUUUUUGCUGUUGAUUUUUGUAUGUACUGGACAAAGAACUGCCUUUGUUUGAAAUGAAUGUCACAUGCUAUGAGAACAGUGUUGUUCCCUAAAACAGUUUGGUUUGUUGAUCUAUUUUACUGACUACUGUACACAGCUAGCUUCACCAACUGCUAACCAUGUGUAUUAUUAUCACUGCCUAAUAAACGGUAUGAACUGUG